CAGCAAACUGGCUGUAAUAUAGUCGCGAGGGUCGACGCGGACAGGCGGGCCAAGUCCGGAUGCGAGGGGUUAAGAGCCUAUCACCGACACCAUGUUUGCCCUCGGCUCCUUUUUUCAGUCACGCCGGUCGAUGACUGAGAAAGACCUUCGUGUGACAGAUUUGAUUAGAUAGGUGCUGCCUACCAAGAACUUCUGUAUGCAAAAUGAAAAAGUCGAGCAUAGUAACUUUUUUCUUUCAUGUUCCUUGUUGUACAAUGUAUUUAAUGGGUGGAACAUGAUUUAGUUUUUUUUUUUGAUCAUAUUAGCCAAUCCAUACAUAGCUUCGGUGGAGCUAAAGGGAAAAACUAAAAAGUAUAGCAUAAGAUAAGCAUGAUGCGUGUACAACGUGAACAUUCUUGUAUUCCUUAAAGAAAAUGAGGUUGGAAGUGAAAACAAUUGGCAUAUUUAUUAGGAUGUGUUUUGGUUGUUACUACACCAGUGGUCACAUGAGUCUUAGGAACAACAGGAUGGAGGCGCGACACAGAAGGAGGCGACCGUUUGGAAGAUUCUGGUCGAAGGGGAAGGCAGUAUCCAUUGUCAUCAUCUACUGGCAGAAGUGCAAUAGCAAUUAUGACUGAAAUCAUUAUCAUCUCAAUGUACUAUAAAAAAUAGAAGAUGUAGUUGAGAAAGUGUUGCGGAGAUACGAGGUGGAUUGCACAGGCUCCAGUACUUAAUUUAGGCACAGUGGUCAUUUUUUUCUAUCUGUUGUAGGUAACUAGUUCAUUCUACUCGUGGUUGUUGUGAAGUAAGUACUAUUAUAGUUGUUUGAAAAGAAAUUAUAGAAGAUAGAGAAAAGAUAGGAGAUGUCUUUAGUAGAACUUUCUAGUUCUUGGUUGUAGGUCUAGGUUAGAGUUGAAGAUGAGUGUGUGGCUUCUUGAGUACUGAAACGUACUAGAAGAUCACCCGCUGCUCCCCAUCAUCUCCAAUACCAAUUGUAGGAUGAAUUUCCCUGCACUGCCUCUACAACUGAGGAUGAUCAUGUGUCGUUCAGUGAUUGUGAUCUUCAGUGAUUGUGAUAACUCCACCACUAGAGUUGUACCAGUAGAACAGAGGCGGGCAUAUUUGAUCUUAAUCUUCAUAGAGUACCUGCUAAAAGACUUGAGGCACUAUGCACAAAAUGAACAAAAGUCCUUCAACCAACUGCAACUCACUAGUGGAACGUUGGAUGUCGAUUAUAAUGGAUUUUGAUUUUCUUCAAGGAAGAUCACAUACGGUGUUUAUGACAACAAGCCUCUGCUCCAUUUCUAUUAUAAUUUCACAAAAAUUCUACUUCUAAAAAUGUGAUCGAGCUUGAGUCCGAUUCUCAUUCUGCAUUACAGGUCGUGUUGUGUUCGACGUCGUCCUCCUGGUCGAUCCUCCUUACCUUUUUGAUGAACUGACUGUGAUCCAUUGCGAAACCGAUCCAAUUUCACGCAAUGGAUAAAUUAGUCUAGUUUUAGACUCUAUCACCACUGUUUUCUCUUUGUCUUUGCGUCCGCGAAGUGCAUGCUUUCUCUGCGCCCACCCAAGCUGGUGCGUCGAACCUUCGGAAAACUUGUAAUGUAGUGUAAUACUUAAAUAUGAGAAAUUGAAGUGCCUCGGCAGUAUCUUCGAGUUCGUUUUUCUCUACUUACAGGAAGAAGAACUAGACAAGUCGACACUUGAAGGUUUUUUUACAUUCAUUCUACUGCGAUUAUAGCAUUAUACUGCUGAGUACUUGACGCUAUGAUAAAAAUCAUUCCUGCCUUAAUAUUUUGACCGGAAAAUAUACAUUUUGAUACCCAAUAGAUACCAUUCGAUUGAUUGUCUCAACAGAAUGAGGUUGUUGCGGGCAGUCCUCGACCUCCUCUCGGCACCGAGCAGGGAUGUUGCUGCGUCACUUCCCCCCACCACGUCCGUGCCAACCACGUCCGUGCUGCCACCCACGGGAACCACCACGAGUGCAGCCAAUAUGGAGACUUAUUUUUCGUCUUCUUCUUCGCAUACAGUAACAGGAGUUGCAGAUACACCUGAUCUUCAUCUUCAUGGUGCUGAACAACCUGGAGCAAGAGGAUGGAAUCCUGUAGAGAGCUGGAACAAAGAACUGUUGUACUGUCAUGAUCCUUUGUAUGGAUUUGCAGACUUUUUGGGGCCUGAUUCUAACGCCACACGGCGUAUUCUGGAGACCGGAAAAAAAGGAGUUCGCGAAAAAAUCCCAAGAAGGAGAACGCAGCCGAACCCAUUUUUAGCGCAGGUCGAGCGGCUUAGUAGCAUGGAAAGUGGUCAGCUGCUCGAGCUCUUAUUUGGAUUCGAGAAAGGGGCAUUCAUCAAGGACAAAGAGCGGCCAAGAGUUAGAGUUGUCGUGGAUGCGGCCACAGGCAAACAAGAUUUAGUGAGAACCUAUGAUAUCCCGCUCAACAACGACAUCUUGGACUUUUAUCCUCACUUAGGGGAACCGAAAAAAGUUGAUCCUUGGCACGAAGGAGGAAUUGAAAAGGCUCGCCAGAAGGUUCAAACCGACGAAAGUUUUCACCAUAAAAGGAUAUUGAAUUUCUUCAGCUACCGACUGAAGCGGCAUCUUCUUGGGCUAACGCGCGGCGCACAGUUCGCGCGAGAGGAUGCAGACGCGCAAGAAGUCGGCAACGUAGCUCUUACCUACGCACAAGAUGGACCUGACGAAGCCGUGCGACUUCUGCCAGGCACACUUUAUCAUAACGAUGAAGAACAGUUGAACACCAGAACAAACCAGGAACAGGACGGAACACCAGUUCAAGUAGAACUGUAUCGCGCUGGUGAAGAUGUUGACGCGGCAGGAAGAGGGAAGAAGUCCUCCUCCAAACAGAGGUCAUCUUUUCCGUUAGCGGAUUCUUUUAUUCCGACAUGGUUUGGACAGCACAUCCUCCUUUCAGGACAUAGUGGAGAACCUCCAGCACUUCUUACCGCAGGUAAAAAAGGUGGCAGAAUUGGAAAGGAAAUAGAGGAGAAGGACAAGAAUAGUACCUCUAGUACUAUUUUUGCGUCGUCGACAACUACGCGAGCAUGCAGCUUAGGAGAAGGCUGGAGAUUGGGUUUCGACAGCCUCCAGGGUCCCGAAACUCGCGCUGAAAAGAGUCAUAAUUCUAGGAAAGAGUACGACUUGGAAACGGCCGCUUGUAGACAAGGCGCAAAGGAGGCAUACUCGCACGAAAAGGGAAAGCGUCUAAGACGCGCAGCAACUUCCAGAUACUACGAGAAGCGUGCGAAAAAUUUGGAUGGCAUUAAUAGACAUGGCAGUGUGACCGACGGGCGUCGCUGGAUCACCGCAAUGACACGCUUGCGUGGUCUGAACUUCAAGAUACAAGAAGGUGGAAAAGAGCAAGAUGUUGACCAAGCAGAAAGAGAAGAAUGGGAAGUGUGCCACGAGAAGCAGACGCACGCCUUUGGCGGCUUGCCUCGGGAGCUAAGAGACCCCCACCUCUCCCACCAGGAGACGUCAAACGGCGAUGACACAAUAGCUGACGAAAGGAGGAGUUUUCCCGUCUUUCGACCAUCCGGCGGACCCGAAAUUAUAGGCCUUCAAGUGCCUUUAUACGAGCUACUGGGGAGGCGAUCGGACUUAGGGGAUGUCGGAGAUCUAGACCAAAGCGAGGAAGCACUUCUUCGGGUUAUUCGCGAAACCCCAUGGGCAACUCGCCGCAUCCUGGUGAGAUCGUCGAAUGAUAGGAAGAGAGAUCAGGUGAAUUUGGUCUUGCACGAGGAAGACCCUGUUCGCGAGCCAGAAGAUUGGGAGAGGUUUCACCCUCCACGAGAGUCAGAGCAGUUUGUGAAGGUGGACGUGAUUUAUGAGACUGACCCUGGAAUUUUUGACGAUCACGGUAGAGAUACCACGGCACGCCGCCAAACAGGUCGCACCAUUAUUGCCGGGCACGGUGGAGAUCCCCAUGGAAGUCCUGAAUUCGAACGCAAAAGACUCAUACUCGGAUACAAGUUCCAAGUUCUUGUCGCGGGGCCACAUCAUGAACAUGGGAAUGCUGGUGGUGCCUCUGGAUCUGGUGCAGCACCGCAAGAAUUUACUACGCAAGAAUCUCCGCAAAAAGAGUUGCCUCUGAGCCUCCGCUUUGCCGCGCUAGAUGUGAAGCUUGCGCAAGGGAAGAGGGCUUUGGUGGAAACCAAGUUGAAGUUCCGAAGGCUAAAAACGGGUCUGAAGGAAAAAGGGGUAGACUCCGCCACUCGUGCUGAUGGCAACAGAUGUUUUUUCACGACAAGUGGCCGCCAAUUCGAGCGUUAUCUAUAUCCUUGAAGCUCGCCAGGAGCAGCAAAAAUAGAGAUAAAAAUUAUGUUUUUAUGACUUCCAAUACAGGAGUCACGACUGCUGCAUUCUUUUACAGGCUCACUCAGUCUCAGAUGAUAUAUGAAAAACAAAGCACGAGGUGACUAUCGUGCGUACCAGCGCGGUCCCUGUUUGGUUGAGAUGAUAAUGAAGACUCGGGACCACGUGGUUAAGCUGGAAGGCGUGCUCCCAGAGCCGCGGGACAAGAACUUCCGCACACCUUGUGGCAACGCCGUGGCCGUUAGCUUUGAGAGUCAAGAGGAUCCGGACAAGUACAAGUUGACUCAGUUCCCCUGUUCUGCAAAUGAUAGAAGUAAGAACAUGAAGAAGAAGAAGAUGACGACGAUCCUAGUACUGUCAAGAAUAUGAAGACCAUCAACAGCAUGAACAUGAUGGAAACCAUUGCACUCCUAUGGUGACAAUGAUCACAGCACUGAAAUACUACGCCCAUGAUGUAGGUCCGUAUCUUGUUAC